ACAAUUUAUUCUUUCUCUCAAAACAACCCCUGUCAGCACUUUCUUGUUAUAGCAUCGAAGAUUUAGCUGUGUGGCGAUGUCUUGUACUGUAACAUUAGAGAAAACUAUAUCUUUCUCCAGAAGCAGCAAUCAAUUUCUCGUUACUCUCAUCAAGGAGGAAGAUAAGAAGGAAAAUACGAGAUCAAUCAAUGAAUUGAACAAGCGCAAACUCGUCAAUUAUGAUUCGUUACCCGAUUUCUUGAAGCACAACGAGUUUGUCGUGAAUUACUAUCGAUCAGAGUGGCCUUUGAAGCAGGCCAUCCUCAGCAUCUUCUCCAUCCACAACGAGACCCUCAACAUAUGGACGCACUUGAUCGGAUUCUUCAUCUUCCUCUCUCUCGCGGCUACUUUGAUGCUUUCUGUCAACGGUGUGUCGAUUCCUCUGAAGCUGCAUCAAGAAUUACUAGUCCUUCCUUCAUUCGAACCGAAAACAAUAAAACCAAUUGCUCGCUGGCCAUUCUACACUUAUCUCACUGGAGCAAUGUUCUGCCUACUAAUCAGCAGCUUAUGCCACCUCCUCUCUUGCCACUCUAAGCACACAUGCUACGUAAUGCUUCGUCUCGAUUACACAGGCAUUUCUGCAUUGAUCGUCACCUCAUUCUACCCGUUACUCUACUACACAUUCGCAUGUGAUCCAUUCUUUCGAAAUCUCUACAUGAGCUUUAUCACUGUCUUCGGUCUAGCCAGCGUAAUUGUAUCGCUGGUGCCCGUGUUUGAAAAGCCUGAGUUCUUGAUGGUCCGGACUGGGCUUUUCGCAUGCAUGGGAUUUUCAGGCUUGGUGCCGAUAAUUCACAAAAUGGUGGCGUUUGGGGAUCGACCGGAGGCUGUCAUCACAACCGUAUAUGAGUUGAUGAUGCUGAGUUUUUAUGGAGUUGGAGUGAUUGUGUAUGCGUUGAGGAUACCAGAGAGGUGGUUGCCAGGGAAAUUCGAUUUGAUUGGACACAGUCAUCAACUAUGGCAUGUUUUGGUCAUUGCAGGAGCUUAUACUCAUUAUCUUGCUGGAUUGGUCUACUUGAGUUGGAGGGAUGUUGAAGGUUGCUAG